AAAUACCGUUAAGUCCGUAGUGAAUGCGAGAUCAUAUAUUGAUGGGGCCUGCGGCUAAAUGUAGACUGUGUGGGGACGCAUUACUCUACACUCCGUCAAAAGUUGCCAAUUUAGGGGAACAUCUCUACUGCGGCCAUUCGAAGGCAAGCCUGACGAACUUUAGCAUUGAGCAUGCGACAAGCCUUUCGAACAGUAGUCUAGAUAGCUCCAUCACUAAGAGGAUGUAUAAAACUACAGUUGAAACCUGGAAACCUGGUAUAGCAGUUUUGACUUGUCCUUCAUGUGGGAAAACGGGACAUCCCAUCGUUCGCAAGCAACAAAAUAAAAUCACCCAUUCGUCUUUAGGCGCCAUCUGUUUGUUGGGCUGUUGGCCCUUAUGCUUUCUACCGUUCAUGUUAGGAGGCAGUAACACUAUGAACAUUCACUGUAAAUUUUGCGGUCAGUAUCUAGGAACUUUUGAUAGAAAAAGUGGACGUAUGCAGACUUUUGAUAAUAAUUGCCUUGAAACGAAGCCUCCAGUUAAUUCAUAUACUUGUGAUUGUGAUUGUAAAGACUAA